AUGCUCCCCGAGAGGAGGGAGCGGAAGGCCACGACAGCCUCCGAUUCGGUGCCACGGCCGCCCUCGGGGCUCAGGGCCACCGGGCCGUGCCGCACGCCGAGCUUCUCGCCUCCGCGCUGUCGGACAGGUCGUGGGCGGUGCGCCGCGCCGCGGCCGAGGCGCUCCGCCAGGCUGGGCCGGCCGCUCUGCCCAGGGUCGAGGCCAUCCUGGGCGAGGCCCUGCAGAGCAAGGACGCAGACGUCCGGUGCUCUGCCCUCCAGGGCAUCGAUGGCGCAGCGGGUGGCCGGAAAGAUCAAGGACGAGGACAAGUACGUGAUACUUUGGCACCCCCCGAUCCAUGGCCAUCCGCACGCUGGGCUCCUGGGGCGAGGCGGGCGUCGGAUACGUGAGGCAGAUCGCGGACCAGCUCCGCUCGAAGCGCCCCGAGGUCCGGAUCGCCGCCGCGGGGGCCCUGCGGGAGCUGGGCAUGGAGGGCAAGGAGAGCGCCUGCUCGCGGACCAGCUGGACACGCUGGUCGCCACCGCCAACACCGACAUGAGCGCCGAGGAAGAGCGCCCAAAAGGCUCGCCGCGGAAGGCGCGGUCCCCGGGCUCUGGGGAGCAGCCUCGGGCAGAGGCGGCGAAGAGGAAGAUCGCUGCUGAGGCGGAGGCCCUCGGCUACCUCCGCCACAAGCUGAAGCUCUCUGUCGACGGCGCGGUGCAGUACCAGGAGCUGAGCGCGUUCGGCAACCUCCCGAACGCCACCUUCCUAGCGAACGUGCCGCUCGCGCGGGUGACGGUGGGCAUAGGCGGCUCGGCCCCGAGCCUCCUGCAGCAGGGCACUUCUGGGCAGAGCGCGGCCACCCACAUGGAGGCCGCCGCAGCCGCCGGCUCGCCAGAGGCUGCCGAUGCAGGCGAGCCCGCUGGCGGCGAGGCGGUGCCGCAGAGGGCCGGCGGCCGCGCGCCCCCCGCGGGGCACUCUCUCCGAGCGAGGAGGCCCAGCCGGUUCGGGCUCGAGCCGCCGGAGGAGGGCGAGGGACAGGCCGCCGCCUUCUUCAAGAGGGCCGUCGCCGCCCACCUCGCGACCGCGCAGGGCACCGCCUGACGGCGGCCUCGGCGCCGGCCGCGGCGUGGCGCGUGAGCCGUGGCCGCGCCCGUCGGCGGCGGCCCUCGGCGGCGGCCUUCCUUGAGAUCCUGGAGUCGCAGUUUUUCCCUGCGGGCGAUCUUGCCCUGCUUCGGACAGGCUCGUGACGCUGCAUCUCAGGGCCUUCGGCUGCCUCCGGCCGGCGGCCCCGCGGCCGGGGCGCUGGUCGGCCGGCCGCGGCGCGGCGUGGGCCCGGUGGCUGGCGAGGAGUGCGGGCUGAGGAUCUCUUGGGCCUCGCGUGGCGAUGAUUAGGGG